AUGACUUCACCAGAAAGGGAAUUUAUAAACAAAUUCUUGAGCCUUGCAACUCUUAAUGCGCCUGCAUUACCAGCCGACUACAAGAAGUCGUUACACGAUGUGGAUAACUUGGGUGUUGCUCUUCCACCUUUGAGGUACAAGUACGACCACAAACGAGCAAAAUUGUCAGCUUUAGCUAACGGAUCUAGCGAGGUUUCAAUAACUUUAAAGUCCGUAAGACCACCAAAAUUCGUCCACACGAAAUCAUUCUCCAAGAUCGACACCGUUCAUGUGGUCAAGGAGUUCCUAGUUGAUCAAGAAGAUUCUCUUUCCGAUACCUCUCAAUUAAAGUUACUUUUAAAAGGCAAAGUAUUGCACGACAGCGUCCUCCUUUCCGAUUUGAAAACGGACAAAGCAGACCUUACCGUAAUGGUUUCAAAGGCUUUGAAGGUGGCAGAUGCUUCGUCUUCUGACAGCCAUUCCCCGCCAAUUCAACCUUCCAUUUCAGCGGAGACUCUUGAAGUUCCUUGGGAAGAUAUACAGAAACUACUAGACAAUAAACUGGAAUCCGAAGCGCGGAGUCGCGAAGUCUUUGAAAGGUUAAGACGAGGCUGGACUCUAACAGAAGAAAGGUAA